GCUGCCUGCUGGAAGGAAACCUGCCGCCAGACAUUCAGUCGGACUCCGGCGGUGCAGCGUUGCUUUCCCGCAGCAUCAGCAGCAGCGACACCGCAGCGCAGUCUCCAUCCUCACCUGCUCCUAUCUGCUCUGCCCUCCGCACACACUGCCGCAGCACAGAGGGGACGGACGGACAAGGACGAUCAGCUGAGCAGUCUUCAGGGAAAUAAAGAGGAUAUAUAAGGGAGGUGAAAGAUGGUGAAACUGGGGAGUAAUCUUCAAGACAAAGGGGCCAAACCUGUGAGCGUGGAGGACGGCUUUCAGAAUGUGCCCCUCAUCACUCCACUGGAUGUCGGCAGCCUCCAGAGCCAAGCACCUGACAAGGUGGUGGUGAAAACCCGCACUGAGUACCAGACAGAGAAGAAGAGGCUGAAGGUUCCCAAGGUGGAGGAGUUCACCAUCAGCUUUACUGACGGGGUGUCUGAGAGACUUAAGGUGACGAUUCUAAUCAUCCUGGCCCUGGCCUUCCUCGCCUGCAUCGUGUUCCUGGUGGUUUAUAAAGCCUUCACCUACGACCACGCCUGCCCAGAUGGAUUCAUUUACAAGCACAAGAGGUGUAUCCCGGCAUCUCUGGAGGCCUACUACGCUGCCCAGGAUGCUAACUCGAGGGGCCGUUUCUACACAGUGAUCAGCCACUACAGCAUGGCCAAGCAGACCACCUCGCACUCCGUCUCCCCCUGGCUGCCUGGAGGGCCUGCGGGGCAGCCGCAUGACGCUAAACCCCCGACUGGCGAGGGCCACUGAGUUAGCCGGGCGGUUAAAGGGUGUUGUAAACACAUGCAGACCUGAAGAAACACAGACACAGGCAGAUAGAGACGCACACACACAAACAUGUAGGUGAACAUUUUUCGUAGAUAUAGAUAAAAGAGACGCACAACAGAUACAUAGACAGUAUAACGCCAGUAUAGGGUGAACAAAUGCAUGCAGACAUAAAAACAUACAAGCACAUGCCCAUUUAUGUGCUCACUUACUUAUUGAGGGGCAUUUCCUAUUGAACCUUUGCCGUCUUCGGAUUAUCAUCGUCUGCUGAUACACACUGCCACAUACAAAAACAGUCUGCUCUCUCAUUACCAUGGUUUUUCCUCGAAUUUAUUAUUUAUUGACUGUCUUGAUAUAUUUCUUUUUUACUGUAAUGUACGGAUGAUUUGUAUGUGAUUAUCUUUGUACAAAGGCACGAGUCAAUUCUGAAUUUCACGCUUCCCCUUAGUGAGAUUCUCAGUUUGAAGUCGUUUUUUUCGUUCAAGUGUUUUACUGUAAUUAAUGUAUAUUCAUUCACGGCCCCUUUUCUCAGAUCACUUCAUAUUCCAACCCCAAAAAUGUCAGUAUGGUCUUGUAUCGCUGUAACACAUUUUUUAACAGAAAAUUUCAGCUGUACUGUCAGAGGAAGGUUGGAUGCCAGGGUACACAUCCACAACACGUCCUGAGUUGAUAGAAUACAUUUUUCCAUCAUGGGUGUUUGAUAGCUCAUAUACAGGGACAAUUCAAUGUGCUGUGUUAUACAUUUCAAAUCCCAAAAUCUCCCCGUGAUCCAAGCUGUACAUAGACCCGUGCGCUCAGGCUAGUUUUUUUGUGUGUAUGCAUUGUAGUAGCUUUUAUUAGGAAGUUUUUAUUUCUGCUUUUACAGACCUAUAUUUCCUUCUAGCAAGUUACUUACACAUUGCUUCAGUCUCGUAGCUCCAUUAAAAACAAAGUAGCAGAUGGGAAAGAUAAUACCGUGCAUAUAACGUUUAUCAAUGAGCUUCAACUGCAGCAGAGUUCUGUUCCUGUGCUGUUAUUUAUUCAUUUUGUAGUGUUGGAGCUGUUGUUAAGAGCACUUUUAUGAGAUAUUGUGAUGUUGUUAGUUGAUAUGUAGCGAUACCUAGUGGAAUUUAUCAGUGUGCAUCCUUGUCCCUGUUCUCUUGGUUUUGAAUUCAAAAUAAAACAAGCUGUG